AUGGAGAAACCUGCUACGGUUUUCAACACCCUCGAGAUGGAGGCUGCUACUCCAUCACGGUCGCAGGAGAAACAAGAAUGGAAAGACACUGAUUCAGAUGUCGCGUCCGGGGACCCUCUGAACCCGAGAAACUGGACUUCCACACGCAAGACCCUGCUCUUUGUGUCACUGAUGUCAAGCUCGCUGUUGGCUGAUGGAGCAAUGGUCUGGGGUGGCACGCUGGUCACAGACCAGGCCAUGGAAUGGAAGACCUCCAUCGCCCAUUCGGCGACAAGUAUGAAUUAUGGCAUUUUGCUCCAAGGCUUUGGCGGCAUAUUUGCGGUUCCACUUAUUGAAGCUUAUGGCCGUUUACCGGUCUGGUUAUGGCCCCAGGUGAUUACCAUGUUUAUGGUGUUGGGUGCUACCCUCUCCCAUGAUUGGUCCACCUUCACGACAUUCCGCUCUCUGCAGGGUCUGUUCGGGACUGUGCCUCAGGUCAUUGGUCUUCCAAUCAUUCAUGAUAUGUACAGCUCGGCUGAGUGGCCGCGGAUGAUCAAUAUCUGGGGCACCGCAUUCCUGGUCGGACCGUUCCUUGGACCUGCGCUCGCAGGAUACAUUGGUGCUGGGACAGAUUGGCGCACAUCAUUCGGAGUCCUGACAGCCUUCUAUGGCCUUUCCACGAUAUUGGUGAUCUUCUUCGGUUAUGAGACAUACUAUAUACCAGGGCGACAACAAUCCAGCUCACGCCUCGCGUCCUAUUUCGGAAUUGGGAAUACUCAGCUUCCCAAGAGAUCCACGUUGGCAUAUUGGUGUCGCAAGGUUGUGGUCUAUGUGUUCGAGUUCCCAUUGUUAAUGACUGGAAUCGCUAUCUUGGUGCUCUUUACCUGGCCAAUUGGAAUCACAACGACGAUCGAUGGCUUCUUGCACAGCCCUCCAUACUUGUUUGACACCAUCGAAGCAUCCUCGAUGAGAUUUGCCGGUGUUAUUGGAGCCUUGUGCGGCUGGGCGGUCGGCCACUUCUUUAACGGCUGGAUCUUCAAACGCCAUAGCUCAGACUGGCGAACUGAACUACGCCUGCAUGGCGUGUGGAUCCCGGCAGGAAGUAUGGUCUGUGGUCUACUUACCUACGGAUUGACCAUGCACUUCGGCAAGCACUGGAUCGGACUCGCCUUCGGGUGGAUCAUGGUGAACAUCGGCAUGGUGGCCACGGUUGUUGCCAUCUCGGCUUAUGCAUUGGAAAAAUAUCCGGACCAGGCGACUUGUGUCUCCGCCAUUCUGAAUAUGUGGCGCACCUGCGGUGGAUUUUCGGUGGGUUACUUCCAGCCUUCAUGGAUCCAGCGCAAUGGACUCGGACAGGUUUUCGGAAUCCAGGCUGCUAUUGUUUGUGUGGCUGUUGUUUUGACCAUCACUCCUGUGCUGCUCUGGGAGCGGAAACGGCGGAUGCGAGUGAAUGCUGAUGCUUGA